AUGGCGUCUGCACCGCAGCAGCAGCCAUAUGCCCCCGCAGCUCAUCUUGCUGCAGCAGCUUUGGCAUCCUCGCACGAGGCAUGCAGCAGCAACAGCAGCAGCAGCAGCAACAGCAGCAACAACGGGAGCAGCAGCAACAGCAGGACAGAGGAAGCGGUGAAUAUGUGUGUAGAAGCCCCCAAUUUUGCAGAAGGAGCGCAGAAUGCAGCAGCAGCAGCAGCAGCACAUUCUGCUGCUUGUGACAGUCAUCCGCAGCAGCAAGGGCUGCACCAACAUGACGCAGCAGUCGAAAUUCCUGCUGCUGCUUCUGCUGCAGCAGCUGCAGCAGGAGCAGCGGAACGGCGCGCCAGCAGCAAGAGAAACGGCAGCAGCAGCAGCAGCUACAACCGUGUACCGAAUGGGAAGCAGCAUCUUACAAAUGCUGUAGCUGGUGCUGCUGCAGGUGGAGCAGCAGCAGGACCCUCAGCAGCAGCAGAACUUGCUGCUGUUGCUGCUCCAACAGGGAAGAGCGCAGCGGCCGUAGUAGAUCCGGCGGAGAGUGCAACAGCGGCAGCGGCAACAGCAGCAGCGGCAACUGCAGCAGCAGCAACAGCAGCAGCGGCAGCAACUACAGCAGCAACAACAGCAACAGCAGCAGCAGCAACAGCAGCAACAGCAGCAACAGCCGCAGCAGCAGCAGCGACAGCAGCAGCAGCUGCUUCUCGCACUGCUGCCCGCGCCCUUUGUGCUGGCUUCCCCGUAGCUGCAGCUGCAGCAAGUGCUUCUCGUCCUGCUUCUGCUGCUGCAGGAGCAGCAGCAGCACGCAUUUUUGCCCUCGCGCGUGGCAGCAACACGCCGGAUGCUGCUGCAACAGGAGCAUAUGCAGCAGCAGCAGUAGCAGCAGGUCCUGCAGCGCGCGCUGCUGAGAAGAACACGAUGCAAAUUGACGGAGAGGCUGUAGGAACUGAGGCAGCAGCAGACGCAGCAGCAGCAACAGCAGCAGCAACGCCUGAAGCAGCAGCAGAGGCUUCUCGAGGUGCGUCUGCGUUCAACGCGAUGCAGAGACUGCAGCAGCAGCAGCCGAUGGCCUUUCCAAGUCCCACAGCAGCACCAGCAGCUGCAGCAGCAACAACAGGAGCAGCAACAGCAGCAACAGCAGCAAUAGGAGCAGCAGCAGCACCAUCACUCCAGCCAAGUUCGCGUCCGGUGCGGCGUUUGUGCCGUUCGUCUUCUGAGCAGCAGCAGCAGCACUCGAAGCAGCAGCAGCAACAACAACAACAGCAGCAGCAGCAACAGCAGCAGCAGUGCUGGUUUAGUGAUGUGCUGUUUGCAUACAACUUGCGCGUAGGCUUCGCAGCAGCAAAAGACGUACACCAGGAGAGCCACCCUCUGUCUUUGUAUGGCAUGGGGGAGUUCAAGAGCGGCUUGUGGGGCAAAGGCAGCAGCAGCAGCAAGAGCAGCAGCAGCAGCAGCAGCAGCAGAGACGCCCGCAAGCAGAAAGACCUCCAGCAAACUGACAGCCAACUCGCCAGCAGCGUGCGGUGGUUCUCCGCGUGCUGCAGGCACCAACAGCAGCAGCAGCAUCAGCAGCACGACGGCAGCAGCAGCGCGAAUAGCGUUGGCGUUCCUUCGCAGCAGCAGCAGCAACAACAGCAACAGCAGCAGCAGCAGCAGCAGUAUCAAGAAGACUUCCUGCAGCAGGGGUGUUUGCUGCGCACAGGCCGAUAUGGAGGGCUUGAAAACCUCGGAGCUACUUGUUAUAUGAAUGUCUUCAUUCAGGCAUUAUACAUGAAUAUACACUUCAGGCAGGCGCUGCUGCUGCUGCCUACGCUGCAGCAGCUGCAGCACGCAGAGCAGCAGCUACGAACGAAAACAGCAAAGCUUAAUGCAGCCGUCAUAUGUGUAGAAGACGACCUCGACAUGCAGCAGCAGCAGCAGCAAGAUGGGGGCAUGCUGCCUGCGGAGGAAAGAGAGACGGUGAAGCAGCGGGAGCACCAGCAGCAAACUCUGCAGCAGCAGCAACGGCAGCAGGAAGCUGCUGCUGCAGGAAGUGCGUCGCCGUCCUCAGAGGGCCCCAGAGCGGCACCAGAUGAGCAAGCAGCAGGAGCAGCCUCAGCAGCAGCAACAGCAACAGCAGCAGCAGUAGCGGAACCUGAAUCUUCUUGCUCAGGGGCAGGGGGAGCAGAGCGAAAUAGAGGAGAAUCCUGUGAAGUUGUUUCAGGUGUAUCUUCACCUUCUAGGGAAAAGGCAUCAGGAGGGGCCGUGAGCAGCAGCAGCAGCAGCAGUAGCAUAGGCAGUACAAAAGCUGGUGGAAGUGCUGUCGCUGCUGCCGGUGAUGCUGCUGCUACUGCUGCUUCAGAGAGCCCAUCGUGGGCCUUAGAUGAGGCGACAGCGGCUGCUGCUUGCAAGUGGCUAUGCAGCAGCAGAUAUGCACUUGUAGAGGAGCUGCAGCGUAUCUUCGCGCUGCUGCAAUGCGGUGUACAGGCAGCUCUUAGGCCCGAGUCCUUGGCGGAUUUGCUUGCAGAUGAUGUCUCCUGUCAGGAGGACGCCAACGAGCUGCAGCACCGUUUGCUGGAGAUGCUGGAGUUAGAAUUAGGCGGUGUUAGCAGCCCAUGGAAUUUCUUACCUUCUCUCUUCAGGGGUGCACACUUGCAGACAGUUUGCUGCCGCAGCUGCGGAUACACCGGAGUGCGAGAGGAGACCUUCUGUCAGCUUAGCUGUACUCAUAAAAGCGAAAGAAAAAGCAGCAAGGAAGAGAAGACCCAGCAGCAGCACGGGCCUGCAGCUGCUGCAGCAGCAGCUGCUGCUGCUGCUGCAGCUGCUGCAGCGGCUGCGGGAGGUAACGAUGCACUGGAUUUGCAGCAGCAAAUCUACCUGCAACAACUCCAGCAGCAGCAGCAGCAACAGCAGCAACACGGCACGGGGGACAGACGUGGAGCAGCUAAGAGAGAGCGAAGCGGAGCAGCAAAAAGCAGCGCUACCCAUCAGCAGCAACAGCAGCAGCAGCAACAACAACAACAGUUGCUGUUGCUGCAGCAGCAAGCGGCUGGAGGUUUGGGGUUCGACGUGAGUGGGUGUAUGCCUUCUUCGGUUACAGGUUUGCUGCCUUCUCUUUCCCCUCCAUCAGCCGCAGCAGCAGUAGCAGCUCCCGCAGCAGCAUCAGCCCCUGCAGCAGCAGCAGCAGCCCCUGCAGCAACAGCAGCAGCAGCAGCUGCAGCCGAACGGAGCAGCUGGCGGUUAGGAGAAGAUCUGGCGAGGCAGUUUCAACGUACAGAACAUCUGCGAGGAGACGCCAAAUAUUUUUGUCCCCAGUGCAGAGACAAAAGAGAAGCAAAGAAGAGGCUUCAGCUGUCUCUGCUGCCCCCUUACUUGCAAGUAGUGGUGCUGCGUUACAGCAUCGACGUUCGGAAGCAAACGGGCGAAGUAGCGCGGCGAAAACUGCACGAGGCAUUGGAGGUGCCUUUGUUCAUCGAGUUGAAGGGGGGCCUCGCAGAUAAAUGCAGAGUUUCACUGCCGUUGGGGGGGAGCGUGUCUCUGGCGGAAGCGGGGCCCUUGGCUAGCAGCUACCGGUUGUUCGCUGUGCUGCAGCACCAGGGGGCCUCCGCUGCUUCGGGCCAUUACACUGCAAUCAUUCGAGACGUCAGAUACCGCAGCAGCAGCAGCAGCAACAGCAGUAGCAGCACUGCUGCAGAGCAUGCUGCAGAUGCGGGGGCAGACACUACAACGCCGCUGCAGCGCCCUCUCCCCCCAGCUACCACCACGCUUCAACCGGGACGGCCCCAGUUGCAGGUCCCAGCAGGUGCAGCGAUUCCUGCUGCUGCUGCUCCUGCUGUUGACGCUGCUGCUGCGAACUUGAGUAUGUAUGGGGGGGCAGCGUCCCUGCAGGCGCAGCCGCACAUACUGCAGCAGCAGCAACAGCAGCACAUGCUGCAGCAGCAGCAACAGCAACACAUACCACAGCAGCAGCUGCUGCUGCAAGGCGUGGAACUGGAGCAACAGCAAGCCUCCGUGAACCGGCGUAUAGAAACGUUUCAGGCUGUGCCUGUCUCAACGGGCUGCGGCGAAAGAUUGCAGCAGCAGCAGCAGCAGCAGCAACUGCUGCAGCAGCAACACCAUCAGGUGCUGCAACAGAUCCGGAACAGUGGCUCAGUGACAAAAGUGAAGGUGCCUAACCCUGCUGGAGCAGCUGCAGGUGCAGACACUGGCUUUCAGCAGCAGCAGCAGUUUUUGGAAAUCGCUGCUGCAGCAGGAGAAGCACUACCUUUUGUUGGAGCUGCUGUUGGGACGGACUCGGGUUUGCUGCAGGCUGCACUCGUCAAUGCGGGCGGUGAUGGCUUGGGCAGCAGCAGCAGAGGCAGCAGCAGCAGUAGCACCAGCAGCAACCAGGGUAGCGGAGGCCCUCUGGAGGCGCCAGCAACCAGCAGCAGCUGCAGCAGCAGCGGCAGCAACAGCAGCUUCAGCAUCCGUCGUAGUCGUCGUUCUGUAGUCCGGCGGCAGCAGUUUUCUCCUGGCUCAGAUGGCGAGGCCUCUGCUGCUGCUGUUGCGCCGCAAAAGCGCAGCAGCAGCAGCAGCAGCAGCCGCAGCAUGAACGCAAACAGCACAAGGUGUCAAGAUGGUAGUUCUGUAAUUGCUGCAGCAGAAGCUGCUGCUGCGCGGCUUGCUGCAGACCUGGAGAGCGAUGAUGACUGGGAGGUAGCAGUGCCGCAAGCAGCAGCUGCAUUCGAGGCCGAGCCCGAGCAGGCGCCGCAGCAGCUGCAGCGGCUGCUGCAGCAACAGCAGCACCAACAGCAGCAACAGCAACAGCAGCAGCAGAUGGCAAAUGCUUGGUCCAGCACGGAGACGCAGGGGGAGCGCUGGCCUUGGGUGUAUUUUAAUGACAGCUGCGUCAGUCGCUUCUCCUUCCCUUCUGGGUCUGAAGAGCAUGAGCAGCAGCAGCAACAGUACGACAGCGGCCUGUGCAGCGCCGACGACGUACAACCUUUGCAGCAGCAGCAGCAGCAGCACCAUUUCCCGCCCUCCUUGCCACCCUCUAUGCCUCUGCAGCAGCAGCGGCAGCAGGCGGAGAACAGCAAUUACUUGCUGAGCAGAACAGUGCACAGCGUGACGUACAUAAGGGGCGACAUUGUUGCUGCUGCAGAAGAUCCUCCGCUGCCCCCAGCGCUGGAGGCCUUCGUGCAUGCAGAGAACGAACGCCUCUUUAGUCGCCUACGAGAGCAGGAGGAGCGCACGCAGUUGCUGACGAGUUUCGUGCUGCAACAGCAAACAUUCAUUUCGCAUUUGCUGCGGCAGCAGCUGCCAGCUGCGCUGCGGCAGUUGGAGCUGCAGCGGCAGCAGCAGGAGGCGCAGCAGGCGUUCAUUGUGGCUGCUGCUGCUGCUGAAACGGGGGACAACUUUGCUGCGGAUGCAGCUGAGAAGCAGCAGCUGCUGCCGCUGCUGCAGCAGCUGGCCUUCGUUCCAAAGAGCUGGUGGGCUUCUUUCGUAAGAGGUACGGAUUACCCAUGCGUUUCAGUGCUGCUGCCGCAGCAUCUGCGGCCCCCGAGAGACAACGCGAACAGCAACUCAUAUCUCCAUGGUGCAGCAGACAAGUCUGGUAAGGCUGCGGCUGCGGCUGCUGCAGCGCCACCGCAGCAACAGCAGCACGAUCAGCAGGGAGACAUUCACCUUGACAUGGAGGAGUCGGAUACGCUGCAGCAGCAGCAAGGACAACAGCAAGUGCAGCAGCAGCAGCAGCAGAAGAAGAUCCCUAAGAGAGGUAGCACCGCAUGGACAGCUGCUGUCUGCCCUGAGGUAUUUGAAGAGGCUGGAGUCGUGGACUACAGCAGCAUUUUGUGUCCCCACUAUAUCAGGCAUCUGCAGCAGCAGAAGCGGAGCGGCAAGCGGCCUUCAUUCUGGUCGGCAAGUGACAACAACAACGGCGGCAGCAGCAGCAGCAGCAGUGAGGUGGGGCAGCCGUAUGGGAUCGAUCCCCUCGCGGUGUGGAGUGGAGAAGCUAAACUUGUUCCUGUAUCGGUCCUAAGGUCUAUUUUUGCUGCUGUGGGGCUUCGCGCGUCUGUAGAGACACCGCUGCUGCAGCAGGCUGUCUGCACCAGAUGUGCAGCAGCACUGAGGGGCCUGGCGGACCUCUCGGCGUUGCAGCACAGCGAAGUGGACCUGUUCGUCUCGUCUGCGAAGCAGCAGCACCUCAUUGCUGCUGGCGCUGCUGCUGCUGUAUCAACCCCUGCCCCUGUAGCUACGCCGGAGCCACCUCUUGCUGCCGCACCAGCUGCUGCAGCAGCAAACGGCGAUUCCAUAUGCACCGAACAGCAGCGGCUGGAACUCGAGGGAUGCUGCCAACAGACUCCAAAAACAGCACAGGAGUCUCCCACAGGGCAGUCACAGCAGCAGCAAACACAGCAGCAGCAAGUACAGCAGCCUCAGCUGAAGCCCGAGCAGGAGGAGUUAGUGCUAGUCUCCCGCCGUGUUCUUCAACACAUGCUGGGGCAGCAUGCGGUAUACCUGAGCAGCUGCAGUGCAGCAGCAAGGGAGGGGCCUCGCGGGGGGCCCCUGAUGACGCUUCUUGCUGCUGCUGCUGCAACGCAGCAGCAGCGCGGUUCGCGAGGAGGUAAAUGCAAGAGUCGGAGAGUAUGUGGAGACAGUGCAUUUGCUUGGGCUGCCUACGAAGACGUUCGCAAGGAGGUUUCGGCCCACCGCGUGUGGCCCUUAGAAGGGGAAGUGCUCCCUGCUGCUGCUGCUGGUGCAGCAGCUGAUGCUCACGCUCCCGCUGAUGAUUCGGCAGGCAAGGCGGAUCUGGGAACAAGAAGACGCGACAGCGCAGGCGGUACAACGCAGGGUGACGGAGGUGCAGCUGCAGACGGGCCUGCAGCUGCUGCUGCUGAAGACGCUGCUGCUGCUGCUGGUCCGGCUUUGGAUGUCUCGGUGGAUUUGCUUUGCUCCCACGGGAAUUUGUUGCCGCUUCCACUGCAGCAUUCGAAGCAGAAACUGUCUCCGCGGUUGAUGGUCCCUGCUGCUGCGUUGUUGCGGUACCUCUCAGUAGAGACGGCGAAAUGGCCUCUCUUGAAGGAACUCGAAGUGCCGCAGCCCUUGGUCCUCUUUGCUUCACGACUCGUUCCGCAAAGCGCCUCUGAGUGCACUCUCUGCCUUUCUGAGCAGCAGCAGCAGCAGCAACACCGGCAACGGUGGCGGCAUCGCAUGAAAGAGGAGGAGAAAAUCCUCGGCCCUAUUCUUGGCAAUCGCUGGACAGUCAAGCGCGAGCCGCUUCAGGGAACAUCCAAAACACACGCGGCGCUUCCGCGAGCUGGACUGUACCAGCUGGUACCUGAGGAGUGGCGGUCUCAGUGGCAGCAGUUUGUGGCUUCUCCUGAUGAGGAGACGGGCAUCGAUCUGCGCCCCCCGCCUCUGGACGUCUCGGAGCUUAUUUGCGACUGCGCGGUCCCAGGCCUGAAGGUAGACCCUACCGACUCUGUUUUGUCUCCAGCUUUCCUGGGUUCUCCGCCUCCCUCUGAGUCUGCGGUAUAUUUGCUGGUACAUGAAUGUCACUUUGGCUUGUUAGAAGGUCUCGGAUACGGCGGUUUCAAUAGCGGGGAGGCGGCGAGAGCGACACUCCGCGUCUCUUUGACGCCGCCUGGCCCCCGCCCUGCAGCUCCAGUUUUCUCCUUUCCUCACCUCAAGCCAUGCCCUUCUUGCGUGCCCAGGCUACGCAUGCAGCCCCAAGGCCUCUAUGAUUUCCCUCCAGUAGACCUGCCCAUACACCUCGCAGCCAAUUGCCACCAUGCCGUCGCGGCUGCGCAACAGCUUCACCAGCAAGAGCAGCACCAGUUGCAGCAGAAAGGCAAUAGCAGAAGCCGCUCCGCUCAAGGAUCAAGGCUCUUCUCAAGAAGAAUGAUGGCCGAGAUCUCAGGGGCCACGCCGGUCUCUUUGACGCCGCCUGGCCCCCGCCCUGCAGCUCCAGUUUUCUCCUUUCCUCACCUCAAGCCAUGCCCUUCUUGCGUGCCCAGGCUACGCAUGCAGCCCCAAGGCCUCUAUGAUUUCCCUCCAGUAGACCUGCCCAUACACCUCGCAGCCAAUUGCCACCAUGCCGUCGCGGCUGCGCAACAGCUUCACCAGCAAGAGCAGCACCAGUUGCAGCAGAAAGGCAAUAGCAGAAGCCGCUCCGCUCAAGGAUCAAGGCUCUUCUCAAGAAGAAUGAUGGCCGAGAUCUCAGGGGCCACGCCGGUCGACUGUGCCGUGGCUUCGGUGGUAGCGGCAGUUACAGAGGCGUCUGAAUCCGUGCGGCGCGUGCGGGUAGCUCUGCGGGUACCUGGGGCUUCAGUACUGUUCGCUGCACCGGAAGUGACUUGUGCUGGCGGUACUGCAGCUACUUCUGGCGACGGAGCUGCGGGAGUACCGAGUGCUGCUGUGCAUGCAGUAGGCGGAAAGCCCCACUACAUUGAGCUUUCCGGCCUGGCAGCUUCAGGUGGUGGCAACCUCCGAAUGCGCCAGCUGGGCUUGAGAGUUGACGCAGACUGUUGCAUGCAUUACACUAUAGAUGGUAGCGACCCUGUAGGUUGUGAGGACCAAACAGUCGGGACGCCCCAGGCAAUGCAAGAGCAACCGCAGCCCCUGCACCAGCACAAGACUGCUCCCAUCAUUGGGAUAUCUGCGCAAUCGGCAAGCGACACCAACUGCAGCAAUGACACCACUGCCAGUGGCGGCAGCGUCAACGGCGUGGCAAGCUCCAGCAGUAAUGAGGGAGUCAACGGCGACAUCAACAAAAACUGCACCGCUAGCAGCAGUGGUAACUGUGGAUCCAUUUGCCUUUCUGCGGGGGUCAAGCACCGCGAGGACCUAGCACAGAAAAUGCCCUUGCGAAUGAAGACUCCUUCUUCACCGCAGCAGUUGUAG